AUGAAAUUACUUGGAGAGAGACUUCUCGAACCAGCGGACCAUGUUGAUGGAGUAGUCGGCUUCAACAUUGACCUCGUCGAGUGGAUGGUUGGAUGGUGGAUAGGUGAGCACUUUGCACGGGACACCACGAGCCUUCAACGAUCGGAUGAAUGCUCUGUAGUGAGGAACGACACGAAGAUCCUUCUCGCCGAUGAGCAGAAGGUAUGGAGUGACUGCAUUCUCAACGUGAGCCAUUGGAGACGACAAGAACAUUUUCUCUCGUUGCUCGGUGGUCGUUGUCUUCGUCCAGUCAGCCAUUUCACCGGUUCCCUCGAAGAAACACCACUCGGGAAUGUCGGUGAUGUCGUGCAUUGUGGCGACGUUGACGACUGGAUUCAAAGCGACGCAGCUCUUGUAGAAACCCUGAAUAGAUGGUGGUAA